AUGAGGAUUCUAUCUCUAUUCGGUGGAGCGCUGGCAUUCACAACCAGUGCUGCUGCUGCAUACGAAAACCCCCUCAUCCACCUUGACUACGGAAGCUUCCAGGGUAAAUAUGAUAACACCUACAACCUCAGCUAUUUCCGGAAAAUUCCCUACGCCUCACCACCAACAGGCGAAAACCGUUUCCGCUCACCACAACCCCCAGCAACCAUCACAGAUGGGAUCUACAAUACCGACCAGGACUUCGACAUGUGUCCCCAACGGACGGUCAACGGCUCAGAAGACUGUUUGUACCUGGGUUUAUUUUCCCGACCCUGGGAUACGUCAAACGCAAAGACAAAACGGCCGGUUCUAGUUGUGUUCUACGGCGGCGCAUUCAUCCAAGGGAGCGCAUCAUUCACUAUGCCCCCAUCUUCAUACCCGGUUUUGAACGCGAGUACUUUGAACGAUUACGUGGUCAUAUAUCCGAACUACCGCGUCAAUGCGUUUGGGUUUCUACCCGGAAGAGCAAUUAAGAAGUCAAAAACCUCGGAUUUGAAUGCUGGACUACUAGAUCAACAAUAUGUCCUCAAAUGGGUGCAAAAGCACAUUCAUCUUUUUGGCGGUGAUGCAAAAAAUGUUACCAUCUGGGGCCAAUCCGCGGGAGCGGGCUCGGUUGUUGCGCAGGUCCUUGCCAAUGGGCGUGGUAAACAGCCGAAGUUAUUCAGCAAGGCUUUGGCCAGUUCGCCGUUCUGGCCGAAGACGUAUAAGUUUGAUGAUGUUGAGGCGGAGAGUGUGUUUGAUGCUUUUGCUAACUUGACUGGCUGUGCUGAGGUGGGGAAUGACGGUGUGGUAGAUUGCUUGAAAAGCGUUGAUGCACAGGUGAUUCGGGAUGCAAGUCUUGUUAUCGAUGCGCGGAGUACUUGGACAACGACUUCUUAUACGUGGGCUCCCGUUAUUGACGGGGAGUUUUUGAAGGAUAGCCUGAGUGAGGCUGUUAGUGGGGGAAAAAAAUUGGAGACAGAAUUCGUCUGGGGGAUGUACAACAGCCACGAAGGAGAAAACUUUGUUCCGACGGGACUGAAGUCGGUUGAAAGCGUCAAUGGGUUUAACUCCUCCGCGGAGGGAUUCCGGUAUUGGUUGACGGGCUUCUUGCCUCGAUUCUCCGAGAGCCAGAUUCGGCUUGUUGAGGAUGUUUAUUAUCCGGCAGUUGGCAGUACGGAGACAAUAGAUGACUACAAUAGCACGUUUGUGCGGGCUGGAUUGGUUUAUCGUGAUGUUGUGCUUGCUUGUCCCGCUUACUGGGUUGGUUCUGGCGCGGAGGAGAAAGGGUAUCUCGGGGAAUAUACGAUUUCGCCGGCUACUCACGGGAGUGAUACAAUUUAUUGGAAUCGAAUAAAUGCUGUUCAGACGACCAAUCCUGUUGUCUACAAGGGUUAUGCGGGUGCCUUUGCCAGUUUCUUCCAAACUGGGGACCCGAAUGCGCAUAAGUUGACAAAUUCUUCGGAACCGGGUGUACCAAGUUUGCAGAAAACUGGAGAGGAAUUCGUUGUAGUCGAUGAUGGAUUUGAGAAUAUUCACACAGACCAAUUGAAGAAGAGAUGUGACUUUUGGAGGAAGUUGGGAAAGAACAUUCCAGUUUGA